AUGCAUAGAGCAGGCCGUGAUAGGCUCAUCUCAAGGUCACUUCUCUUGCCAAACCACCAUCGCCCAUAUAUGUGGUCCGCUGCACAUGGUCCCGCAUUCCGUGACAUGUCGGUGCCUACGCCUGUCGUUCCGUCUAAGUCCGUGCCGUUCUCCAAGGACGAGUUGGAGGCGAUUUUAACCUCGAUGACUCAUGCGGCUUGGUUGAUGUAUGGUGUAAAUCAGCCUUCUGUCUAUCUUGACAAGUCGUUGUGGUCUCAUAUUGCUGAUGAUCUGCACUCACGAGGAUGGCCGCGUCGAACUUGGCAACAGAUCAAGGCAAAGGGGAAACAGUUGGUCAUGUCGACCCCUGCAGUUGGAAAACCACCUAGUGAUUCCCAGCUUGUUCAUCCAGGUUCUCCCUAUUCAUCGGACCAGAAUGUGUUAUGUGAGAAUACUAGUGUGGUCAAUUGCCGGCCUCCCGAGACCAGUCCACUGAGAUCAAAGUCUGGGCUUAAGUCACCACAGAUGCUCCCCACGCUAACUCCAGCUCCAUCAUUGAUGCCGCACUCACAAAAUACUCCCCCCACAGGCCCACAAAUCCUUCGUGUCCAAUCGACGUCCCAAUCUGGAGGACUGUUGAGCGUGCCCACCCAAACCGGUAAUCUCAUUUCAGGUCCGCAGAUAUGCCCCGCUAGCUGUUUACCAGUGUUCGAGCAAAAUGCAAAGCAAUCAAGUCCCUGUUUCACGCCACCUCUACUAUCUGGAUAUCCAUCCACACUCCUUGUCUCACAAGUUCCUGCACAUCGAAUGGGUUAUCCACCGGAUGCGAUGGCUUCAUCAAACAGCUUCUGCAAUUCGGGAGUGUCGCCCGCAUUCCAGACAUCGCCCAGGCUUCCCGCUGUUGAUCAAAUGGUUCCCACUCCUCUGCUCCCAUUGAAAUAUCAGCAUCAGCUGCGAAUCAAUGCCCUUAAGUUGGAAAUACUUGAAUUGAAGAAGGAAUAUUGGUCGAAGAAGCUAAAAUAGAUGUGACGUGGCCUACCGCAUACCAAUUUGUCGAAUAACAGCAGAUGUCUUCUUUCAUGCACGAACCAGAUCCCCGCCUCUUCCACCACCACAAGUUAUAUAUAUUUUUUCAGCAAUUCCUUGUUGUCUAUCGCUUUUUUAUUCUUCGAUUUGGCUGGAUUUCACCGAGCUCAUCAGUUAUGCUGUUUCUUGGUUCUGUAUCAGCCUAAACCCUUUCCCCCUUGUUCUGAUUGUUAUUUGGCUGAGCCAAAUAGAGACCAAAUGGACUAACG